AUGACAGACAAGAGUAGGGUCGUGGAGUGCAUGCCUCAGACACCUGAAGAGGGUCAAGCCAGUAACGCCAAAGAAGGCGACAUGACGUACGAGUAUCUCGACGGUAAAGUCCGAGUCGUCCACGGCAGGCUUCGGCGGCUUGAGCGUAUUGUUGCAGCAGUUGUAGCCCAGAGAGGCGAUGAACAGGCGGAUUGGUGGAAAGGCAAACGAGCGGAUGAUUUCGAGUUGGUGACAUCCUAG